UUAAAAUAACGUGAGACUUCCUGUUUCUUCCAGUACAGUACAGUGAGGGGUGCGCGUUGCAUUGUGGGGAUAAAAAUAGAGCGCAGAAAAAGCAGCUGGCGACUGGAGCACAAAGGAUUUAUAAAAGGAACUUCUAAGAUUUUAUAUGCCAAUGUACUGCGAUGUUAAUGCACGUGAGGGAAACCCCGUCUGACUCUGAACUUUGCCAGUGGCAGUGUGACAAUCUGCCCGUGGAGGAAUGUGAGUGAGCGGUGUGGAGGAGCAGAACGCACCGCUGUCUCUAACCGUGGCUGCUUUUGUCAGCGGUGCCGUUCUAGAGGCAACCUGAGGCCCACUCGUUUCCACAGGCCUCAUCCCUUAAGAACACAAUCACUGAUUAGAGUCAAGAAGUGGCUCCAGGAUGGGGGUCAAAACAUUUACUCACAGCUCGACCUCCCACAGCCAAGAAAUGCUGGAGAAGCUCAACGCCCUACGCAACGAGGGUCACUUAUGCGACGUCACUAUCAGAGUCCAAGACAAGCACUUCUUGGCCCACAAAGUGGUGUUAGCCUGCUGCAGUGAAUUCUUCCGCUCAAAACUUGUGGGCCGGGCAGAGGAAGAGGACAAGUUUGUUUUGGACCUUCAUCACGUGACAGUUAGUGGCUUUGCUCCACUUUUGGAUUACGCAUACACGUCCACCCUCUCCAUCAGCACAGAGAAUAUCAUCGAUGUCUUGGCAGCCGCGAGUUACAUGCAGAUGUUUGCCGUGGCGAGCACAUGCUCAGAGUUCAUGAAAUCGAGUAUUCUGUGGAGUCCAAGUAGUAACAGCAACAAUAAUAACAACAUGCCAUCCAAUAAAGCGCACGAGUCAGCACAAGAAGGAGCCUCGUCAAACUGUGUUCUGACACCACUGGAUGGCAGUGUUUCACCAGUGUCAUCCGACUGCAGCGUGAUGGAGAGAAACGUUCCAAUUUGCCGCGAAUCACGGCGGAAACGCAAGAGCUUUAUAACCAUGGCGUCACCAGAGAGCCCGCUUAAAUGCACUUCACAGAUUGUCACCAACUCACCUCAGAUCCCCAACCCUUCCCCAUCCUUCACGGACAGCACAGCCCAGCCGGUGGAGUCCUCCCUGGCCUUUCCAUGGACUUUCCCAUUUGGUAUCGACAGAAGGUUCCACUCGGACAAAUCCAAACUGGUGGAGAGCCCUCGAUGUUUAGAGCAGGGACCUACGGGGACCGCAGAGGCGGUCAGCCGCCGCCUCAGUGAUUUCCUCACAUGUGAGAGUUCGAAGGCCGUAUCGUCGCCAGUGCCAGCAGAAGAAGAAGAUGUUAGGGUAAAAGUGGAGCGACUUAGUGAUGAGGAAGUCCAGGAGGCAUCUUCUCAACCAGUUAGUGCCUCACAGAGCUCUCUGAGUGACCAGCAGACAGUGCCAGGAAGUGAACAGGUGCAGGAGGAGCUUCUCAUCAGUCCACAGUCUUCUUCUAUAGGGUCAAUGGACGAGGGAGUGUCUGAGGGGUUGCCGUCCAUGCAGAGCACCUCUAACGCUGGAGGACAUGCAGAAGAUGAUGAAAGGUAUCAUGAUUUGUUGCAACUUGCAGAAAGGUUGGAGGGUAUCCAGUAUCCAUACCACCUCUAUAUCAGCCCAUCCACCCGACCAGGCACCAACGGCCCCGACAGGCCCUUUCAGUGUCCAACCUGCGGCGUCCGAUUCACACGCAUACAAAACCUAAAGCAACACAUGCUCAUACACUCCGGCAUUAAGCCCUUCCAGUGUGACCGCUGUGGGAAAAAGUUCACACGGGCCUACUCCCUAAAGAUGCAUCGGCUGAAGCACGAAGGUAAACGCUGUUUCCGGUGCCAGAUUUGUAGCGCCACAUUCACGUCCUUCGGUGAAUAUAAGCACCACAUGAGAGUCUCCCGACACAUAAUCCGCAAGCCGCGGAUUUAUGAGUGCAAAACGUGCGGCGCCAUGUUCACCAACUCUGGCAAUUUAAUUGUACACCUGAGGAGUCUGAACCAUGAGGCAUCCGAACUAGCAAACUACUUCCAGAGCAGUGAUUUCCUCGUGCCCGACUACCUGAGCCAGGUACAGGAGGAGGAGGAGGUGCUGGGGGUCCAGUACGAGCUGGACGAGUCCCAGCACCACCCUGUCUACCCAGGCAGCACCUCCGCUUCCACCACUACAACUGCCUCCUCCUCCUCCUCAGUCCAAACCCCCGUCAUCUCCCAGGUCUCCUCCUCCACUCAGAACUGUGAGAAUUCCCCUGGUUUCCUGUCACCUGAGCCCCUGGAAGCCCCCGCCUCUCACAAGAUGAACAUUGACGACAAAGCGGCCAUGACGGAGGAGACCAAGAUGAACGGUGUGGGUGGCAGUUCUCCAGAGGUGUUUGAUGAACAGCAGCAUGCCAAGGAGGUGGUGUCUAUAACAAUAGAGUGAUUCAAGUCCAGGACUUGGUCUGUUUUGUCUUAUUUCGCAGUAUGUCAUAUGGGAAUAAGUGUCAGAGCCGCGACGGCUCCAAGACGGCUCGUCCACGUCUGGAAACAACCAGGACGCAGUGAUUUAAGUUACCUGAAGACUUUUGUUGCCUUAGUGUUGAUUUCCACAUGCAGCUCAGAUGCACUUAUUUGACCUUGGGUUUCACUUCUAACCAAGUCUUUUGAAGAAAAUGAACAUUUCUUCUUCUUUUUUUUUUUCUUUUUUUUUAACUAUUGUAAAAUUCCCGAUUGCUGAAAUGGGAUUCCAGUAAAGUUCCGACUUUUCCCCCAUCCUGAUCCCAAAUUAGGAAGUAAUGAGCAGCUGUUGUGUUUCUUUCCCAUAUGACAUGAAUGCACUGCUAACUUAUGUUAUUUCUGUCUUAGCCAAUUUGAAAGUCUGUCAAAUCUAAGCCUUGCCCUAUUUUUUGGAAAGUGCCUGAGUUCCCACAUAGUAACUUGUCUUUGCCAACAGCGAAAAAUCAAACUGCAAACUGAGCUAACGUGGGGGGAAAAACAGAAAGAAAAAAGUCAAGGAUAUUUCAUCUGUAGUUGUUAGGGGCAGAGACUCUUGUUACUCCUUUAGUGCCGUUGCUAUAGGCAAACUGUUUCAGUGUCUCUAUUAUCUCUAUUGCAAUAGCUUGUACUGUAGUUUUACUAUUUGAAUGCUGUGUAAGUUAGGUGUUGUGAUAUACGGUGUGUGCGUAUGUGCAUUUUCAAUCAGUAUCCGUACAAACAUUUAAUUUUCUUCAAUGUUUAAAAACUUGAAAUUUAAGCGACAAAGUGUUCCCUUUAGAUGUUUGUGCGGUUUAUAAUUUUCUGACCUAUUACCAUUUUUUAUAAACACGGUUAAAUGAAUCUUAUACUCAAAGAGGUUUUUUUUUUUUUGUAAAUUUAAAAAAAAAAAAAAAACUCACUUUAGCACUGAAGCAGCUUUUGUUUCUAAACGAUAACAAAACAUCUGACCAAAUUUAACGUCCGACUGUACAGAUAUAACUGACCCAGGUUUGAGUGGCAGAAAAUACGUUCAUGUAGCAUCUUAGCCUGGCAGGGCCUGUCAACUGUCAACUAUCGUCAUCUAACACACGGUAUUUCAAACUCGCGGUACACCGCUGAUGCUCUAAGACGCGCAUGACUGUGGACGUGAUAAUCAGUUAUGGUACAAAAUAAUCUAUACUUGUAUUCUGUCUUUGUUUUCCUGGAAUAUAAACUGAGAACAAUAUGUUGGAUAUAUCACAACCCCCUCAUGUGCUGACGAACUACCAGCAUUCUCUCCUUAUGUUUUUUUUUUCUAAUUAUUUCACAAUUAAAACCCUCAUAUUCCUGAACUUUUAAAUACCUGUAGGCGGCAGCAGAGAAGUGACUUUCUGUCAUUACGUGGUGUAGUAUUUCAUUUGUAGCUGAAGCAGCAGGGCUUGUCUGUGAAUGCAAAUACUGUGAGUCCAGUCAUUUCAAAUAACUCGUUUAAAUAUGCUGUGUUCAAUAAGCUUAGUCAUCAGCUCCAGCUGUUGAUUUAUCUGACUUCAUUUUUUUUGUUUGUUUGUUUGUUUUUGGUAUUUUGUUAUUGGUGUGUUUUGGUCAAACCUCACACCUCUGUCUGUUACCUGUGUCGUGCCUGUGUCGUGUUUUGUACUUCAACAUGCUCGUGCCUGUAUUAUGAGAAGAUAAUGAAGCCCAUGGUGGUCCAUCCAUGAGUUGAAUGCUACUGACUGUGAAUGGAUUUCUUGUCGACUAAACUCUAAAAGUUUUCCAUUGCCCCCAAAAAGCUGAAUCGUUGACCCUCAGUAGGAUGUCACCCUCACAGAGGGACGAUUGUUAUUGUAAUGACAGUUAUUGCUGCAAAAAAAAAAAAAAAAAACGGACAAAAGUUUGACGUCCCAAUCAUCAAGAGUUAUGCUAAUAAGAACUCGUGUUACCCUGUGCCAUCCUGUCAGUCACUUUUUUCAAAGUCGUGCCAUUCGCCCCGCUGACGUGGGCAGAUCUUAAGUUUUUUUUUCCUCCCGGACCAAAUGUCCUCUCUUUCAUUGGGGAUUUGCCAAGGCAAUCAGAAACUGCACAGAAUUUAAAUCAAGCGAUAAUCAGUUUGAGUGGUCCAUGCUAUUUAGCAAUCGGGUCCCGCCGUUUGGGCCCCGAAAACACUGUACGAUGUUGUGCUUUUUAACAGGCUCGCCUUAGUAAAUGGACCUAAUAACUCAAGUUGCACAAUGUCAGAAUUUAGA